AUGACUGAGCUUAUUAGCUCCCCAAAUCUAGACUCCGCCACGGAGAAGCCAAGAAUCGUCACCGGAAACUCAUCUCUACCUCCGGUGAAUGAACACGUCAGCAUCGGUGUCACCGCCACCACCACCGCCGGAGAUUCUCCCCCGUCUCCGGCGAGACUCGCCAAAAAAAUAUCGGUUUUGCCACUGGUUUUCCUGAUAUUCUACGAGGUUUCAGGUGGUCCUUUUGGUAUUGAAGACAGUGUUAAAGCAGCAGGACCAUUGUUAGCAAUUCUCGGAUUCAUCGUCUUCCCAUUCAUAUGGAGUAUCCCUGAAGCACUAAUCACCGCAGAGAUGGGAACAAUGUUCCCUGAGAACGGUGGUUACGUCGUGUGGGUCUCUUCUGCAUUAGGACCUUACUGGGGAUUUCAACAAGGUUGGGUUAAAUGGUUAAGUGGCGUUAUAGAUAACGCUUUGUAUCCGAUUCUGUUCCUCGAUUAUCUCCAAUCAGGAAUCCCGGUUUUGAGUAAUGGAAUCCCUCGAAUCGCUGCGGUUUUAGGGGUUACUGUAGUGUUGACUUACUUGAACUAUAGGGGUUUAAGCAUUGUGGGUUUAGCUGCUGUUUUGCUCGGUGUUUUCUCGAUUUUACCGUUUGUUGUGAUGUCGUUUAUGUCGAUUCCAAAGCUCGAGCCUUUGAGAUGGCUUGUUGUUAGCAAGAAGAUGAAAGGUGUUGAUUGGAAUUUGUAUCUCAACACUCUCUUUUGGAAUCUAAACUAUUGGGAUUCGAUUAGUACACUUUCGGGUGAAGUUGAUAACCCGAGUAAAACGUUACCUAGAGCUUUGUUUUACGCGCUGGUUCUUGUUGUUGUCUCUUACAUUUUCCCGAUUUUGGCCGGGACAGGAGCUGUACCUCUUGAUCAGAAGCUAUGGACAGACGGGUAUUUCGCUGAUAUCGGUAAAGUUAUUGGUGGAGCUUGGUUAGGAUGGUGGAUUCAAGCUGCAGCCGCAACAUCGAACAUGGGAAUGUUUUUAGCUGAAAUGAGUAGUGACUCUUUUCAGCUACUUGGAAUGGCAGAGCGAGGGAUGCUUCCCGAGGUCUUUGCCAAGAGAUCGCGCUACGGAACUCCAUGGGUCGGGAUAUUGUUUUCGGCCUCUGGUGUGAUUCUCUUGUCAUGGUUAAGCUUUCAAGAGAUUGUGGCUGCAGAGAAUUUGUUAUACUGUUCUGGAAUGGUUAUGGAGUUUAUAGCGUUUGUGAGAUUAAGGAUGAAAUAUCCGGCCGCAUCACGGCCUUUCAAGAUACCUGUAGGGGUUGUGGGAUCGAUCCUUAUGUGCAUUCCUCCAACCGUACUCAUCGGUUUCAUUGCAGCAUUUUCGAACCUGAAAGUUGCAGCGGUGAGCCUUGCAGCUGUAGUGAUCGGGCUUGUGAUGCAACCGUGUUUAAAGCAAGUGGAGAAAAAGGGAUGGCUCAAGUUCUCAGUCAGCUCUCACCUACCAGACCUAAUGGCCUAA